AUCCGUUUUCCCUUUCCUCGUGAUGUUUAGCGGUUUUGCGGUUUUUAAACGCGUGUUGCGGUGGUCCGUUUAGUUUAGUUUAAACAAUAUUGAUCAUUUUCAAGGUUUCCAAGAAUCCAUCCGUCAAUUUAUUGAGCAAACACGCCUUGCAUGUAUGAGUGGUGCAAUAAAUUGACACAUCUGUGUGUGUGAAACUCCUGGUUGCCGGCGGAACUUAGGCGACCCACAAACGUUCAAUUUUAUCUAUCAAUAUUAUUGAACAAACAUUGGUGAUUUAUUGACAUAUAUUUUUCGUUAAAAAACGUAGCAACCUGCGUUAUCCUUCUUUGAAUGAUCACUCGUUUUAUCGAAUUGUCGCUCGUUAUUGUCGUUAACGAAAUCUAGCUAUCAUGGAGCAACAGAAACCUGUUCGUAAGAGUUCAAUCCUGAAAGAAGAUAAGAAAAAUGCUGGAAAGCAAUUUAUUCGUGAAUUUAUUGAAGUAUAUCGUGAUCUGCCUGGUCUGUGGGAUGUGAACAGUAAGGAGUAUACCAAUCGCUUGGUCAAGGCGGAGCAAUAUCGUAUUCUUAUAAAUAAGUACCAAGAAUAUUAUCCCGAAGCCGAUAAGGAAGAAGUGACAAAAAAAAUUAAUUGUUUGCGAACGAACUUCCGCAAAGAAGUAAAGCGUAUUCGAGAAGCACAAGAAAGUGGUACCAAUCCGGCUGACGAAGUUCCUAGAUUAUGGUACUUUGAAGAAAUGAGUUUUCUUGCUAAUCAAGACACUCCAAAAGCCUCAAUCACGAAAACGGACAUUUCUUUUCAUGAUGAAGACAUGGUGAUGGAGCCGGACAUGGAGAGCAUCGAACAAGAAACUCCAACAACUUCUAAUGGAAAUAUGUCCAUUAAACAUGAGAUGAAUAGUGCAUCUAGGACAGAAAAUAGGAAACGUAAUUCUUCAGCUCCCAUUGAGAACUCGCCAAAAAUGGCUUCGCGAUACCAGCCACCGACCGAUGACAGUGACAAAAUUGCUUCAGUAUGGGCAGCCGAACUCCGGAAAAUGAACCCACAACAGCAGCUGUUUGCGAAAAAAGCCAUCAAUGAUAUUCUCUUCGAGGGACAAAUGGGUACCUUGCAUCGUAAUGCUGUGGAAAUCAACGCCUCACAUAUGGUUUUCACACCCUCCAAUCAUUCCGCCUGCAUGUCCCCGCCAAAUAGUUCUUAAUCAUAAUUGUUAUCUAUUGAACACAAUUAUCGAAUGCCUAUGUACAAUAAUACAUAACAAUAAAAGAA